AUGGAUUCAUAUCCCCAGGUUGACAUUAACCCGGAAAGUUCUUAUAAAACUCCCGAUUACACGAGGAACUCGUCUUCCCAAAGAAGCAUUUCCUCCAUUCAAUCAGCUCAUUCAAAGACCUCCCACAGUCACUCCAUAAGAGAGGUGAGCUUCAGUAGUGAGCCCGUCUCGAACCCUGUGAGAUAUGGUUCGAGUGGUACUAACUCCAGAGGGCUCACCACUUCCUACAAAGAGAUCAGUGAUGAGGAUGCUAGACUAGUUUAUGUAAAUGAUCCCGAGAGAACCAAUCACAAGUUCGAGUUCGCUGGAAACUCAAUCCGGACCUCGAAAUAUUCCGUUCUGACUUUCUUGCCCCGGAAUUUGUUCGAGCAGUUCCAUAGAGUCGCCUACAUAUACUUUCUCGUGAUUGCCAUUCUCAAUCAGCUCCCCCAGCUGGCGGUUUUCGGCCGGGGGGCUUCAAUCAUGCCACUAGCAUUCGUCCUCUUAGUUACGGCCGUUAAGGACGGUUAUGAAGACUUUAGGCGCCACCGUUCAGACAGGAUCGAGAACAAUCGGCUGACAUGGGUUUUGGUAGAUAACACAUUUCAGCAGAAAAGAUGGAAGGAAAUUCGUGUUGGUGAGAUCAUUAAAGUGUCCGGGAAUGAGACCCUUCCUUGUGACAUGGUUUUGCUCUCGACGAGCGAUCCCACUGGAGUGGCUUACGUGCAGACAACGAAUUUGGAUGGGGAAUCGAAUUUGAAGACUCGGUAUGCAAAGCAGGAGAGCCAAAUGAAAAAUCCCUUGGACGAAAGGAUUAGUGGGCUGAUCAAGUGCGAAAAACCCAACAGGAACAUUUACGGCUUCCAGGCGAAUAUGGAUAUCGAUGGAAAGCGUAUAUCUCUUGGGCCUUCUAACAUAAUUCUACGUGGCUGUGAACUGAAAAACACCGAGUGGGCUAUUGGGGUCGUGGUUUAUGCGGGUAGAGAGACGAAGGCAAUGCUCAACAACUCAGGUGCCCCGUCAAAGAGGAGUCGUCUCGAGACGCGUAUGAACCGGGAGAUAAUUUUCCUCUCGAUUUUCCUUGUGACACUCUGUACCAUAGUCUGCAUAUGUCACGGGGUUUGGCUGAGACGCCAUAAUGAUGAGCUGGACAUGAUGCAAUUUUACAGGAGGAGGGACUAUUCGGAGGCCGAGGUUGAGAACUACGAGUAUUAUGGUUGGGGAUUGGAGAUACUCUUUGUGUUUCUUAUGUCUGUUAUUGUCUUCCAAAUUAUGAUUCCCAUAUCGUUGUACAUAUCCAUGGAGCUUGUGCGUGUGGGCCAGGCUUAUUUUAUGAUCCGAGAUAAGCGGAUGUUUGACGAGUCCUCCAAAUCGGGAUUUCAGUGUCGGGCCCUGAAUAUAAAUGAGGAUUUGGGGCAGAUAAAAUAUGUUUUCUCUGACAAGACCGGUACACUGACUGAGAACAAGAUGGAGUUUCAGUGUGCAAGCAUUGCCGGAACAGAUUAUAGCAACGGUAAGGUGAGCACGGAAGUUGAUCAAACAAUGCACACAAUCCAAGCUGAUGGGACAAUCUUAAGGCCAAAGAUGACGGUUAAAGUUGAUCCAGAGCUUCUUCAUAUUUCAAGAACACACACAAACGAAGGAAGAUACAUUUAUGAUUUUUUUGUGGCAUUGGCUGCAUGCAACACCAUUGUGCCUCUAACUGUUGAGACAUCUGAUCCUGCUGUUAAGUUGAUCGAGUAUCAAGGGGAGUCUCCUGAUGAACAGUCAUUGGUCUAUGCUGCAGCUGCCUAUGGUUUUAUGCUUAUUGAACGAACUUCAGGUCACAUAGUUGUUGACAUUCAGGGGGAAAGGCAAAGGUUCAGUGUAUUGGGCUUGCAUGAGUUUGAUAGUGAUAGAAAGAGGAUGUCUGUUAUUCUCGGAUGUCCUGACAACUCAGUAAAGGUGUUCGUAAAAGGUGCUGACACAUCCAUGUUCAGAGUGAUAGACAGAUCCUCAAACUCGAACAUGGUAAAAGCAACCGAAGGCCAUCUUCACUCUCACUCUAUAAAGGGCUUGCGUACGCUUGUUAUUGCCAUGCGGGAUUUGAGUUCUUCAGAAUUCGAGCAAUGGCAGUCAUCUUAUGAGACGGCAAACACAGCCGUGAUGGGCAGAGCAGGUUUGCUUCGUAAAGUUGCAAACAACAUCGAAAACCAUCUUAACUUAUUAGGUGCCUCUGGGAUCGAGGACAAGUUGCAGCAAGGCGUGCCUGAAGCAAUCGAGUCUUUAAGAAUGGCUGGCAUUAAAGUCUGGGUUUUGACCGGGGACAAGCAAGAAACUGCGGUUUCAAUUGGCUACUCGUCUAGGCUUCUUACUAGGAACAUGACCCAAAUAGUGAUAAACAACAACUCUAAGGAGUCGUGUAGAAAGAGCUUGGACGAUGCUUUGCAACUCUGUAAGAAAUUUACUAGCGUUCCUGAUGCCACACAAGUGGAAUCUGGGGAAAUUGCCUUAAUAAUUGACGGGACUAGUCUUGUAUAUAUUCUGGACUCCGAGCUUGAGAAACAGCUUUUCGAGUUAGCUAGUAGAUGUACUGUGGUAUUGUGUUGUCGGGUGGCUCCAUUGCAAAAGGCUGGAAUAGUUGCUCUGAUAAAGAACAGAACUGAUGACAUGACCCUUGCCAUCGGUGAUGGGGCAAACGAUGUGUCGAUGAUUCAAAAGGCUGAUGUGGGUAUUGGAAUCAGCGGGCAAGAGGGAAGGCAAGCUGUCAUGGCAUCGGAUUUCGCCAUGGGUCAGUUUCGAUUUUUGGUCCCGUUAUUAUUGGUACAUGGACACUGGAAUUACCAACGCAUGAGCUACAUGAUACUCUACAACUUCUACAGGAAUGCUGUUUUCGUCCUGGUCUUGUUUUGGUACGUGCUCUUCACGGGUUUUACAUUGACAACUGCAAUUACCGACUGGAGCUCGGUUUUAUAUUCUGUGAUAUACACAUCUGUGCCCACAAUAGUUGUGGGCAUUCUCGAUAAGGAUUUAAGUAGAAGGACUCUGCUCAGGUACCCUCAGCUCUAUGGGCCCGGGCAAAGAUCCGAGAGCUAUAAUGGGAAAUUGUUUUGGGUCACGAUACUUGACACCUUAUGGCAAAGUGCAGCUGCUUUCUUUGUGCCUCUCCUUGCUUACUGGGAAAGUAACGUUGAUGGUUCUAGCAUAGGAGACCUCUGGACAAUUGCUGUGGUUAUAUUAGUCAAUGUACAUUUGGCAAUGGACGUGAUUAGGUGGUUUUGGAUAACGCAUGCAGCCAUCUGGGGAUCGAUAAUCGCCACUUUCGUUUGUGUCAUGGUGAUUGAUGCCUUGCCUUUUCUGCCUGGUUAUUGGGCCUUCUUUAACGUUGCCAAUACCGAACUAUUUUGGGUUUGCUUGCUCGGAAUAACAGUUGGAGCUCUCGUUCCUCAUUUUGCCGUUAAAACGUUUGUUCAGUACUGUAGACCAAACGACAUCCAGAUUGCUCGAGAAGCAGAGAAAUUCAGCAGCACAAGGGAGUCCCGAGACACACAAAUUGAGAUGAACCCAAUUUUCAAUCCACCCCUACAAAGGAUCCGUGGUUAG